AUGGGCAACGCUCAGAGUGCCGGCCACGACCAUGAACACCACCACCACAGGCUUUCCAAGCCGAAGACGAAUACGAACUCGCCGUCUCUGCCCGCGAAGAACGAUUCUCCUGUGUCCAUUAGCUCAAGAUAUGCGAACCUGAGCUUCAGAGAGCGGCAGCAGAUCAAGACGCACCUGCUGUCGCCGAUUGACACGGACUUUGGGCGUCCAGACUCCUCAGACGCCGACGAUGAGUUGGGAGAGCUGGCUGCAACCCUCCAGAGGCGAUUAUCGACUCUUUCAACGUCCAACUCCCUGUCAUGUUUCGGUAGCAAGGACAGCCCGACGGCCAAGUUUGGAAGCCUGCCUGGCUCGAAGGUCUCCCUGGUCUCGAACGGCCAGGUGGUGGAUCUAGAUACGGCUAUGGAAAUCCUGCAGGAGGUCAGGAAGAAUGCUUCGCGAGAGGAUCUUGCAGCGCUCCAUCAAGCUCUACAAUCUUCGGGCACUUGCCCGUCACCCCGUCCGUCUCCUGUUCCCGAGCAGGGCGUCACCCGUAGAACGUCCAUCAACAGGUCCUCUUCCUCCCUUAUUCGGCGACGCUCUUUACUUGCGACCCCUGGCGUAGCAACACGCAAUUCGCCCAUCGAGAGAAACAGACGGACAUGGAACUCAUGGAGGACACCACAACUUGAGUCUUCCGAGGGAGCGAAAUGGCGAGUCGACAUGAUGGGUACAUCUCCGCUCACUCGUCUUACCGCCCUAGAUUUAGCGGAGCAGGGUCGGGACUCGCCCACCCCUCGAGCGCGGACGCCUGGAGACAUGGAGUACUCUCAUCUUGGAUCACUGAAGCUCGGCUCCUUGGUAGUUACCAAUGGAGCACCCUCGCCAGCACCCAGCGCGAAGGUGUCCCGUCUACUGAAUUCCAACCCUGCUCCAGAGGAGGAUUACUUCACGGCAUCCGAAAGGUGCGACAGCCCCAUCAUGAUGAAGCCCACCAAAAGGCGCUGGCACAAGAGAAGCAAGUCUGCGGUCCAGCCUAUGACACCGCCGCUGUACCGAAAUCUCCGCGUUCCCGAUCAACCAAGGCGGGCGAAGACGGCAUCUCGGUGCGAUAGCCCCUUGAAGGCAGAAGCUCAAAAUGUCCUUCUUGACGAUGAGCCUGAGCCCGAGCCUAUGAGACGCCUUCGAGUCAUGAACAAGAGCGCAGACACUCUUGCAAAGGCCUAUCAGGCUGAAAUAUCGAAUAGCCCUUUCGACUCUUCUUUCAACCCUCAUGCAGGUGAUCUUGAUGAGGGCUUUGUAUCAGACGAUGCGAGGUCCUUCAGAGAGCAAGCUUUUCGCAUUCUUGAUGGCACUAUAUUCAGCGAGCCUGCGACAACGCUUGAGCCGGCCCGGCUCGAACUGAAGCCAAGCCCUGUCGUAGAAACCUUCAAAGAGAAAACAAAGAAGAAGAAAAGAGCGAGCAACCGGCCUCCUCCAAAGAAGGCUGAUUCGGGCUACUCCUCUGGGGGCAGCUUCCGAACCGCGCAGCACGAAGAAGCAUUGAAAGAGGGUACUGUUCCAACACUCUCCAAGAAGCCUUCGCGCGUGGCUGACCUCGUUCAAAGUGGGAAUGGCGCCGAUAGCGACAACGCUAGCCUCUACACAUUCGAAGAGAUGCUACGCCUUCCCAUUUCAAAGCCACUUCCACCAGUCCCGACUGGCGACAAGGUAGCGCCUCGCCCGCCUUCUUUGCAGAUACCACAGACCACGGAGUACAGCGCCUCGACAUCCACGACGCCGGAUCUCGUCAAUCGUGUUCUGGAGGUGGCUUCUCUGUCCAAUGCAUCACCUAAGACCCCGGUCUCCGUGGUAUCCAAGUUUUCCAUUGAUAGCAGAGCCUCAGCCCAGAAGCGUCUGCAGAAGCGGAGACCUUCAUACCAAGAGCUUCCCGUAGUCCAAUCCUGCGAACCUGUUGUCGGAGGGACUAUUCCUGACAUUCCCGCUAACGUAAGGACCCAAUUUGUUCGACGUCUCUCUUCGACUCCAGGUAUGGAAUGCUUGACGCGGACAUACCCCAGCAAGGAUCAUGUCACCGCUAAUGAAAGCGUCGUGGAUUCUCCCGUAACCGUGAACAUCGAGUUUCCUUCUCCCUCCACGUCGCCCGAACCACGGGGACGACAUCACAGGCGCUCUGCAACCGAACGGCCACCAACACCGCCUCCUCAUGGCUUCCGACGAAGCCUGUCCCUAUUCCGGAGCAAGUCCACCGCAGAGAAGGAAAAGGAGAAGAACCGCGAAGAAGACGACGCUGCGUCUUACGUCGUCGAUUUCGGUACUACAGCUACAUCGCUUGGGCGAUCUCCAUACGACGCCGCGAUGGCUAAGGUUCCCACAAAGGCUGUAACCUCGCCUACCCAUCCCUACCAGCUGGGGAAUAUACUGCCACGAACGAAGUCCAUGGUGAACAUGGAUGCUCGAACGGCGGCCGAGCUCGCUCGUACACGCAGCAAGGACCGGGCUAUGCUACGGCCUGAAAUGCCUCAACGAUCGAGAAGCUAUCACGACAUGAACAUUGAUGCAGGAGAGGGUGCCGCUUAUACCCGGCGUCCGCAUAGCUUCAACCUUGAGGCUCCUACGAUGCCCUCCGCAGAACCCAACAGACACAUUGAGCUUCACGACGAACUCGCCCAUCAAACACCGAUUGAAGCAAGUCAGGGCCCGCUGUUCCGCGCUCGACAGAGCGGGCGGGGACCCGUCCGUCGUAAAUCCAUUGGAGAGGGCUUGCGCCAACGUGCCGAAGAAGACGCUCGAUCCACAAGAGCUACGACCGAACCCCCUAAAGACGUGGUGGUUAUUGAUCGCUACAGUGGCGGGCUCGACUACGGAUACGAAGGACGCGGCUACGGCGUCGGUGGCAGUGCAGGAACGCGCCAGCUCCACAGCUACGCAAGCCGCAAGAGCAUGCAUUUCAGCAACCAAUUCGGAGUCGAUUUGUCAGACGUUCCUCUUUUUGUCCAGCGAGUAUAA